GGAAGUAUCGCUUUUGUUGGUUAAUCCUUAUUUACUACAAACGUCAAAUGCUCCUCGUGCUGCUACUGGUGCUUUAAGAGGAUUAUCGCACGCUUUCGGUGGGAUUAAGUGAAGAAUGUUCCCCCGCGGAGCGUCAGAAACAGGAGGCUGUAACGAAACCUACACCUCACCAGCUUCCGGUCUCGUCGCACCUGGCGAACGUGUACUAAUCACUUUGCUAAACUUUCAGCCCCCGGGGACCGGGCUCGCGCGCACGCGGCCACGCGCGCGCCCCCUCUCGCGGCGUCUUCGAGGCGCGUGCGCCGCCUUUUUCCACCGUGCGUCACCGUCGGAAUCGGAUUCGUCGCCGGAGGCGGGAGAGAAGCACGCGCAACUUUUCUCUUUCUCCCAGAGAUGCGCUCCGGAGCAGAGCGGACUGACGCAAACAAUGUGCGGCGAUGAUGAGAGAGUCGAGCGUCUGCCUCCACUGGAAAAGUCGUCCAUUAACUGAAGACUUUUGUUCCGUUUUGCGCCUGUGAAGGAGCCCCCCCCCCCCCCAUUUCCUUGCUUGAAAAAGUCGGACAGAAUCUAAUACAUCUGCAGGUCGACGGGACGUUCCCGUUCAUCGCCCGUCGCCUUCACCGAAACCACCCGACGCCAUGUGCAAAACGCCCUCGCCAUUUUCCACCCCCCCGUCAGAUCCGGCUACUCCCAAAUACAGGCGUUUCUAGGGCGAAGUGGGAGCGCGUGCGGACAUGGGCGACCCCAACAUCAGCCGCAUGGCGGCAGCGGACGCGGAGACGCGGGGGACCCCCGGCCCCGCGGACCACUACAUCGACGGCUACGACACGGACUAUGGCGUCCCCCCCGACGAGAUCCCCGACACCACGCAGGGCCAGGCCUUCUUCGUGGCCACCAUCGUCAUCGGCGUGGUCCUCGUCUGCAUCAUGCUGGUGUGUGGGCUGGGCAACUUCAUCUUCAUCGCCACCCUGACGCGGUACAAGAAGCUCCGCAACCUCACCAACCUGCUGAUCGCCAACCUGGCCGUCUCAGACUUCAUCGUAGCCGUGGUCUGCUGCCCGUUCCUGGUCGACUACUACGUGGUGAAGCAGCUCUCCUGGGAUCACGGGCUGCUGCUGUGCGCGUCCGUCAACUAUCUGCGGACUGUGUCCCUGUACGUGUCCACGAAUGCGCUGCUCGCCAUCGCGGUCGACAGGUACAUGGCUAUAGUCCAUCCUCUGAGACCUCGUAUGAAGUACCAAACCGCCUACGGCCUCAUCACCGGCGUCUGGAUCGUUCCCAUUUUAAUAUCCAUUCCAUCCGCCUACUUUGCCUCCCAGACCACGUACCCUCACGGCGCCACGCCGACCGCUCACAAAGUCUUCUGUGCUCAGAUCUGGCCUGUGGACCAGCAGGUCUAUUACCGGUCCUACUUCCUGUUUGUUUUCGCCGUGGAGUUUGUGGGGCCCGUGGUCGUCAUGGCGAUGUGCUACACCCAGAUCUCCCGCGAGCUUUGGUUCAAGAACGUGCCGGGCUUCCAGACGGAGCAGAUAAGGAAGCGGCUGCGCUGCCGCCGCAAGACGGUGCUGGUGCUGAUCGGGAUCCUGACGGCGUACAUCCUGUGCUGGGCGCCGUAUUACGGCUUCACCAUCCUGCGGGACUUCCACCCGACGCUCAUCUCCCGCCAGAAGAACUCGCUGGUGGCCUUCUACAUCAUCGAGUGCAUCGCCAUGAGCAACAGCAUGAUCAACACCUUCUGCUUUGUCAGCGUCAAGAACAACACGGUGAAGUACUUGAAGAAGAUCGUGCUGCUGCGGUGGAAGUCGACGUACACGCCUGGCAAGACGGUGGACGAGACGGAGGUGAGAACCUCCUCCCUGCCUGUGACGGAGGAGAUCGAGUGCAUUCACGUGCGGUGAAUGGAGCGCUCGCUGAGAUGGGGACUGUUGACGCGCAGCAGCUGAUGGAGCGUUGGGGUUUGGUGAAGCACAGAGAAAAGGCCCAAACCUUUGGACAGGGAGUGCUCCUCACCACGACUUUCUAUCUGAGGUGUUUCGUCCGUACUGCUGUGCAUUCUGUGACUCAGAAUACUCUGUAUUAUCUAUAUGUUUAAGAAGCUGCUGCCCGUUCUGAUCAAUGGUGUUGAUUUGUAUUGGCCACAUUUUUUGUCAGUGAGGUGAAAUGACUUGAUAUUACAACUAAUUCUGGUCGCUGCUUGUGAAGUUUUGCACAUCUUCUAUUGUCUUUUAUUCAUGUUUUGCCUUUUAUAUUUAAUGCUUUUGGUGGAGUAUUGAGGAGGUUACCGUGUCGUCUGAAUGUCAAAAACGAAUACUUCCUCAUGACUUUGCAUGCUUAGAUGAAUACAUUGAAUGUGUGCAUAUUGUAAUAAACAAGGAGCUACUGGACAGUGGCUGUUCUUCAUUGAGCGCUUUCUCAUUGUGCUGUACUAAAACUUAGGUUGCAGCGAUGCUGUGAUUUAGCAGCUUGUAGAUCCUUGUAGCAGGUGUUAGUACCUCAUCAGAACUUCAUCAUCCCGUCUCUUUCUGGAAGAACUUUGGCUUCAUUACACACACGAGAGCUGGACUUUGACAAAGACAUUAAAAACAUUUUAUGCUUUUAAUUUUCAGACAUUGAUGCAAACUAACUGCAAAUUAAUUAUGUUUUGGAUCACUGACUUAUUCUGAUGAAGUCUUAGCUUUUGGGCAUAGAGCAGUUUUUUUUAUCCUGGAGUUUCAAACCAACUUUACUUUUUCAGGCUUCUUUAAUUGUGCUGUUAUGGACUAUAACAUUUAAGAUCCUCAGUGAGGCCUGAACUGUCUGACAUUUUUGUUUUUUUGUGUUUCUCUGAGCAUUUCUCAACCUGACCUUGGGGUGAGUCUGUAACUCUGUUGAAAUAUUUCUACUGGUGAAUUAACUUUAGCUGUAGAAAACAUUGGCUUUUACAAGCGUCUGUGCAGCUGUUGAUGAUCAGUUAAUCGUAGGGUAAUAAAUAGCAGCAGCUGCAACCUGCCACAGUCCUGUCAGUGACAUUGAAAGACACUCAGAUGAGAAGCCUAAGUUUUGUUCCUGCAUCUUUCAGACUAGGGAGAAGCUGCCUGGAUUUUUUGAGUCCUCAUGAAUAAUGAUGAUAAAUAUUUGUGUAUUUCCUUAAAGCACACUGAUAUUCACAAAGGGGGGGUGGAUAGUUUUUUUUAGCAGUAUACAGAGAAUCAGCCAGUCCCAUGAUGUGUUGUCACUUUUAGUCCCAUUGGUAAAGAUGGCAAGUGUUUCCCUUUGUUCCAUAUUUCACGUUUCCCUCUGUGUCCUGACGCAAGUCGCUGCUGCUUCUUUUAUGGCCUACGAGCACUUGCUGAAGCAACUUGAAGUGUUAUUGGACACAGAUCAUGGUUUGCAUGUAUUGUUUCUUCAGUGUCUCUUCCAGGUGAAGCCUCCACUGGUUGAUCAUUUGAAUGCGAUUGAUUUACAUACAGCAUCAUAUAUUGCACACAUAAAUACAGAGUUAAUGUGACACUUUAUGCUCCAUAGGUCUGGUAAUAUAGUGAAUCAGUCAGAGUUUUGCAGUGUUACCAAACUGAUUUGGAGUAAAAUAUCACACGGUGACAUCACUCGAAGCUGUGGCAUAAAGCACCAUUUGGAAAAAUGAUGUUUACUUCUUUCCACUUCCUUUUGCUUUGCUGGUAAAAUCAUUGGGUGCCAUUAGACUUCCAUUAUGAAAGGCAUGCUGAGCACCUCGCUGCUUCGAAUAGUUCUUUGCUAGAAACCCACAGCGGUGGGUUAAAAAGGCCAUUCGCAUUCUGAUUCACAUACAGUUUAACAAGCACUAAACCAUUAGCCUGUAAAGCAGGACCUGUAGUAAUGAGACAUUACGAUAUGCUGCUGUUGUGGUUUUUCCACCAUCAACGUCAUUGCGCCGUGUGUCUCACUCAUUGUCUCGCGUUCAGCUUAGUCAUGUUUCCUUCGAUUAGCUCGUUAGGUUACUGUUUAAAAUGUUGACAUCUUGGAAAGAUUUUUGCCUUUUAUGCAAAUUCAGAGGCUGUUGUUUGACGCGGGGAAACGUUUACUUUGCCGCUACCAGGGUCCUGGCUUAUUGCUGCCAUUAGUCUCUAUGUUCUGGGCCCGGUGGGUGAAGUGUCAGUAAGCGCAAGGGCUUUUUUCCCCCACAUGAACCUUUCUUUCCCAGAACCUGCUAUUACGGAGGACAAAUAAAUAUUCUCAAACACAUCAUUUUUGCUGCCAAUAAGCAGCUCAGCGUCUCACUGUUUGGUUCCAAUGGGCUGUUUCUCGGCAAAGCGCAAGUGUUUACUCAUAACCAUUUCUCCUUGUGAUCGUAUUUCCCAUUUGACUAGAUUCAACAUAUUUUCCUCCACAGACGCUGAACACUUUCUCAUACCCUGUUAUUAUUUUGUGUAAAGUGUAAAAAAAGCCUUUUAUGUGAUAUGACCUGGGCUCCUGUUAAAUAGAUCUGGUAUGUUCCUAAUAGUAUUUGAAUAAUAAAAAGGCAAAAACCUAUAAUAAAUAAAAAAAAAAUAACAAAACUAUGUUUCUUGUAAAUAGUAAUAGUAAUAAAUAUAUGAUGCAGAUGUAAAUUGCAUGUUUAUCAUGCAAAACAGUCUAAAUAUGACAUUUGUUUACUGAUCAUUUGUCAGAAUAAACCAUCAGUAUCUA